GCUGACGUGGAGGGAACAGGUGGAAAUCAGUCUGCGGGAGGUUUUUCUCGCCUGAACACCUGCGGGAAGAGCCUUUAAAACCCCGCAGAGUCUGCGCAGUUUUUUUUCCUUCCCUGCAGCUUUCUGUCAGAGAGGCUUGAACCUCCAGGGUGUUGACUCCUGACAGAAAGUGUAACCUUUGACCAGAUAAAGUAUCUCCCCCUGGAAGAUGUCUCACCUGUAGAGCAGCACUCCGGACUAACUUGUUUCCUCCUCUGAACCAAUGAAACGAGCCAGAACCUUCAGCGCCAUGCUCGUUGUCACGUUAUUUCUGGUUGUCUUCUACAUGACUGUCCAUCUGGAGACAACCUUAACUGUCAGGGCUUUGAAGAACGUCUCCAAGUCGAAGGACUUUACGACAUUGUCCGCUGUUGUCCACAUUGUGACUGUUUCUAACGACCUGAGGCAGAUGAUCCCUAAAAAUGGGGCCUACUGGAACCGCUUGCUCUACUCGGCCAUGCAGAGUUUGGAAAAUGGUGAGAACCCUAGAAGAAAAGAGCCCCACUGGUCUGUGUGCAGGGAAGAGAACAGAGAGCUUCUGAAACUCAACGUUCAUGAUUUUGACUCCUACCCGGCCCUGAUACAAGAGUUUCUGCGGGGCCUGAACUGCAAGUCCCCCCCGCUCCUGAUCGACCAGCCAUAUAAGUGCGUCGGGGCUGUGAGGGAGAACAAGACUCUGCUUUUUGCCAUAAAGUCGUCCCCGAGAAACUUUGAGAGGAGGCAGGCUGUUCGGGAAACGUGGGGGCGAGAAGGGGUGUAUCAGGGCGGAAUGAGGGUGCGCUUGGUGUUCGUUAUGGGGAACACCGCACCAGAUGACCCUGACCUCAGCGUGCUGCUGUCAUUUGAAGCCAAACACUACGAAGACAUCCUGCAGUGGGACUUCAAUGAGUCUUUGCUGAACCUGACCCUCAAAAUGAACUUGUUCCUCCAAUGGACGGUGAAAAACUGCCCCUCGCUCUCCUUCGUCUUCAGCGGGGACGACGACGUUUUCAUCAACACGCCUGACCUGAUUAAAUAUACAGAGUCUCUGGAUGCUUCAAAGGCUUCUCAGCUGUAUGCUGGGCAGAUCAUAAGCACUGCGAGUCCCCUCAGGAACCCUCGAAGCAAGUACUUCAUCCCUCACAGCUUCUAUAACGGCCCCUACGCCCCAUACGCCGGCGGAGGUGGGUUUCUCUUCUCUGGAGCUUUGCUGAAGCCUCUGUUUUCAGUCUCACAGAUACUCCCGUUAUUCCCCAUCGACGACGUUUACAUAGGGAUGCUCAUGAAGGCUCUGGGAAUUCCCCCCGAGAGCCACGGAGGGUUUCGGACCUUCGACGUCCGGCAGCAAGACCGCGAGAAUAUAUGUGUGCACAAAAAUAACCUCCUGAUUCACCAGCGCUUGCCACACGAAAUUGAAAAGAUGUGGAAGGGCAUCAACAGUCCGCUGCUGACGUGCUGAACCAGAUAAACAAGACUAACAGAACUUUCACGCGACAGAUUACUG